GUUGCGUUUAUUGAGUUUUAUCAAAAAUCAACACAGCAUAUGAUCUUGUUAAAAUAUGUAAUUAAUCAAAAAAAAUAAAUUAAUAUUUUAAAAGUUUAUUAUAAAAAAAAUCUACAACAAAAUCAUGAGUUUACCUAUCAAAACGGAGUACGAUGGUAGCCUGGUGGAAGAAAUAGUCAAAGCGCUUCAAGACCCACCGAUAGAACUCAAAAGGAAACUACAAAUUGUGACGGAGAGGUUCACGCAGAACGGGACGUGGUUGCCCAGAAAGGAAAUAUUCAUCAGAUUGGUGAGGAAGAGGCUAGGCAAGAAAAUAGGAAACGAGAUCAAGAAGAAGCUGAGGAAUGAUAUCAUAAACGUACUUCAAGACCCUCCGAUAGAACUCCAAAGAAAGCUGGUAACGGUCUCUGAGAGAUUCACCAAGUUCGGAACGAAGAUACUCAAAAAGGAGAACAUGUAUAUCAAAGUUGUGAGAAAGAGGAUGGGGAGGAAGAUUGGAGAAAAGAUCGGAGAGAAGAAGAAAUUGAAUCGAUCUCAUGCCUAAUGUUCUGGUACUAUCUUUUAAAGAAAAUUAAAGUGUAUGAAAUUGUCUAUACUGUUUUUAUCAUUUACUUAUCGUAUUAUUAACAUUAUUAUAAUAGGUGUACAAUAGUCCUUCAUGUCCGCGGUGCAAUUUGCCACAAAAG